AUGCUGGUGCAGGCGCUGUACGACUUCACUCCGCAGGAGGCGGGCGAGCUGGAGUUCAGGCGCGGUGACGUCAUCACCGUCACUGACCGCUCCGACCAGAACUGGUGGCAGGGGGAGAUAGCGCACCGCCGGGGCAUGUUCCCAGCGUCGUACGUGACGGCGUACCACUCGUCAUAG